CUUCUUUCUGUCUCUCAUUCCUGAGACUAGACCCAAGAAGAAGCAGACCUUUAUUUAGUACAGCCGAGUACAGAACUUUCAGAGAAUGCAACACAGAGCAAUUAUGUUUUAACUUUAUAGCUGCUAGAAGUUUUGCAUUUCGUCUCUUCUGUUUUGCCUCAAGAAACAAGAGAGAAACUUUCUUUCUUUCUUUCUUUCUUUUUUUUUUUUUUAGAAAAGUUCGGCUCAUUGGGCGGAGACAAAGAGUCUUAACAAACAUAAGAGUUUAUACAGAGGCUGAUUCACGGUACAAUGGAUCUUGUGGUGUUGGUGGCAUUCAGCUCCUGGCUGGCUCCUGCACUCGGAUCAGCAUUUGGCAGGGAGGUGUUAGCUUCAGCCGGAGAUAAGGACAAAGACAAUGACAGUGCUUUUAAUUACGAUUAUGAAUCUCUGAGAAUCGGUGGCCUGGUUUUCGCAGUGGUACUGUUCCUCAUGGGUAUCGCCCUCAUUGUCACCCGUAAAUGUACCUGUUCGAAGAGCGACAAGUCGAGGUCCAGGGAACCUAAUGUGGAAUCAGGUGUUCCAAGAGCUUAGUCAACACAGAGUGUUACUGAAUGUCGCCAGUAGGUGGCAGCAAAUACUUUGAUCACAGCUGAGGACAAUCUUUCCAUGAACACAUGAAGCAAUUUCAUAAUGUUACUGUGCUCCUUUUUUUUUUUUU